GCGCCGGGCCCCAGUGGUCCCCGGCGCCCAGCGAGCCCACUAUGGAUCCCCCGAGGCCGGCGGGUACCGAGCCUCGGAUGGGUCCGCCUCCAAACCCUCCCAAGUCGCCAAAGGCGCUCAAGCGCCCCCCGGGGAGUCGAGGCUCCGAGUCGGGGUUGUCGUUGUCGGUGGAGAAGGGUUGCUCUAUCAGCAGCAGGUGCCAGAGCUGCAAGACAAGAGGGGUGAGCUUCGUACCUCCGCAAACUCGCUGGUUGUGUCGUCGAGGCCGUUGGCUCCGCCCUCCAAGAGACUGCUGGGAACACAACAGGAGAUAAGUGGAGAUCAGAGCAUCUAUGGGGUCCACAAAACUUACCUGGAAUCUUCUGUCACUUCUUCUAUGAAGCCCGAGUCACAGCGAGGACACACAUAUUCCUACGUACACAAAAGCACAGCUUCAGUUAGAACUACUAUUCUUUUUUUUUAAACAUAUUCCUCCACACAGAAAAUGGUGAUGAUUGGAGAGCUGACAAGUGGGUCCAUGACAAGGACUUCUGUUUUGUUCCAUUAGCCGUUUUACUGCCGUGUGACCGACCACCGCUUGAAAACAAUUGAGGUGGAGAGUCCCCGCAAUUCCACUCAGGUAUUCAAAUGAUGUCAUGGUGCAAAGGCAAGAAAGGAGCGAGGUGCAACUAGGAGAGCAACAACAACUGCAAGGGUAACCUUUACUACCUUCAAGGGAGAAAGUAUGACGAGUCAGGAGGUGCGCUUGUGUGGUCUUCUGCUGCGAGAGCAUUUUGGAGAGGUGGUGGAGAAAGUAGGAACACAUCUGCUCAGAGGCGGAACACAGCAUCUAAGAACCAUCCUUCAUGAGACUGGCAUCUCUCUAGACCUGGUGAAAAAGUCCCUCUGUGUGCUCAUGCACCACGGUACUUGCCUGUUCAGCCCAGGCCGCAAAGGACCCGGGAGCCCCGCCGAGUACCGCACCAGCUGCGAUGUCAUCCUGAAAAUCCUGCGUUACCCACGCUACAUCUACACAGCCAAGACCCUGUACGGCGACACCGGAGAGCUCGUUGUCGAGGAGCUGCUGCAGCGAGGUCACAUGACCAUGAGCAGCAUUGUGAAAAUAGUGGCGGAUCGCCUCACACAGACAAUGGAGGAUGGCCACAGCAUGGACUACAAUGAAGUAACGUCUGCCUUCUCCAAACUGGUGGAGACACAUUUUCUUCAACGCUGCCCUCCGGUGGCAACCACAAAAAGCACGGGGAGCGCAGAAUCCGCCUCUGCAGCCGAUACUCCCGUCGCCAUAGACGCCCCUGCCCCAGAGAGCUUCCCCGACUGCUACAGGAUGCCGCAAGUGACGCUCGUCGGACGAGGAAAGAGGCAGCUGGAGGACGCCGAGGAGCAAAGCAAUGCAAAGAAGGCCAGGAUGGAUACAGCGACUCAUGGUGAUGAGGGCGUCUACUGGCAGGUGAAUUUCGAGAGGUUCCAUCUCCACUUCAGAGACCAGGCCAUCAUUGGUGCUGUGGCCAACAAACUAGACCAGACCAGCAGUGAGAUAGUGAGGACCAUGCUGAGGAUGAGCGAGGUAACAACUUCGCCGACGGCCGCAAACACGAAGCCCCUCGCCGCCAACGAGAUCUACAGGUCCCUGCCAGCCACCUAUAACAUCCCCAGACCCAUCUUGGACCAGUACCUCACUCUGCUGGUGGAUGACCCGAUGGAGUUUGUGGGCAAGGCUGGCGAGAGUGGAGGCGGGAUGUUUGUCGUCAACUUGCACCAAGCGCUGGCCAAUCUAGCGCGGGCCACUGUGGAGUCUGCUGUACAAGAGAGGUUUGGGUCACGAUCCGCUCGCAUAUUUCGUCUGCUGCUAAAGAAGAAACACCUGGAACAGAAGCAGGUGGAAGAUUUUGCUAUGAUUCCAGCCAAGGAGGCUAAAGACAUGCUCUACACGCUUCUCUCACAGAACCUGGUCCAGCUGCAGGAAAUCCCCAAAACUCCAGACUUUGCACCCUCUCGUACCUUCUAUCUUUACACGGUGAACCAACUGUCCACUGCAAGGAUGUUGCUCCAGAACUGCUACAAGACGGUGGCCAACCUCAUAGAGAGACGACUGUUUGAGACGACAAAUAGCAAGCGUCUGCUGGAGAAGUCCCAGCGCAUUGAGGCCAUCAUGGCCUCCCUGCAGGCCAGCGGGGCGGAGCCGGAACAGUUGACGGAGGUGGAGGAGAUGAUCACCGCUUCCGAGAAGCAACAACUGGAGUCUUUGCGGCUUCACGUCAACAAGUUGGAUUCCGCAGAGACCCAAGUGGAUGAAACCAUCUUUCUGCUUGAAUCUUACGUCCAGGCCACCGUCUCAUCCUCAAGCUGAGUAAGACUUUGCCUGUCCAAAAGUACUUAGACCUUGUGCAUCAGUACUGCCAAACGUGGCUCUUUUAUUGUUUGUUUACUUUUGAGUUGUAUAAAAUCUGAUCAGAA